AACCAAACACAUCCUACGUCUCCUCAUUCACAUUCAUCCUGUCGGACUGUAGCGCGCACGCCCCGGCCGGAUCAGAGAGAUGGGCACCGUCGGCGGCGGCGAGCUUCCCGUCGCCGCCCCGGCCGCCGCCGACGCAGACCGGGCGCGGCUGCAGCAGCUGGGGUACAAGCAGGAGCUCAAGCGCGGCCUCUCCGUUGUUUCCAACUUCGCCUUCUCCUUCGCCAUCAUCUCCGUGCUGACGGGCGUGACGACGACCUACAACACCGGGCUGCGCUACGGCGGGCCGGCGUCCAUGACGCUGGGCUGGCUCGUCGUGGCGACCUUCAACGGCUGCGUGGCGCUGUCCAUGGCGGAGAUCUGCUCCGCCUACCCGACCUCCGGCGGCCUCUACUACUGGAGCGCCAAGCUCGCCGGCAACGAAUGGGCUCCACUUGCCUCCUGGGUCACCGGAUGGUUCAACAUCGUGGGGCAGUGGGCGUGCACCACGAGCGUGGACUUCUCGCUGGCGCAGCUGAUCCAGGUGAUCAUCCUGCUGAGCACCGGUGGGGCCAACGGCGGCGGCUACCUCGCCUCCAAGUACGUCGUGCUUGCCAUCUACACCGCCAUCCUCGUCGUGCACGGCCUCAUCAACAGCCUGCACAUCCAGUGGCUCUCCUGGUUCGGACAGCUCGGAGCCUUGUGGAACGUCGCGGGCGUGUUCGUCCUCGUCAUCCUGGUCCCGUCGGUUGCCAAGGAGAGGGCGAGCGCCGAGUUCGUCUUCACCCACCUCAACACCGACAACGGCAUGGGCAUCCACAGCAAGGCCUACAUCCUCGCCGUCGGGCUGCUCAUGAGCCAGUACUCCAGCAUUGGCUACGACACGUCGGCUCACAUGACGGAGGAGACGAAGAAGGCGGACUGGAGCGGGCCGAUGGGGAUCGUGUACUCGGUCGCUCUUUCCAGCGUGUUCGGGUGGGUUUACCUGCUGGCUCUCACGUCGGUGGUCACUGACAUCCCGUACCUGCUGGACACCGGCAACGACGCCGGCGGGUACGCCAUUGCUCAGGCCCUGUACGACACAUUCCGCCGGAGAUACGGCACCGGCGCCGGCGGCAUCGCCUGCUUAGUCAUCAUCGCCGUCGCCGUCUUCCUCUGCGGCACCGCCUGCGUCACCAGCAACUCCAGGAUGGGCUACGCCUUCUCCAGGGACGGGGCGAUGCCGUUCUCGCACCUUUGGUACCGGGUGAACAAGCAGGAGGUGCCCUUCAACGUCGUCUGGCUCUCUGUGUCCGUGGCGUUCGUCAUGGCACUCACGGUGUGCAUGCAUGCGAUGCGAAAGCUCUUUCAUCUCCUCAGCUUCUCAACUGCUCGCACUACUCACAUCUGUGCACAUGCAGUCGCUGGGGAGCCAGGUGGCGUUCCAGGCCAUGGUGUCCAUCGCGACGCUGGGUCUCUACAUCGCCUACGCGCUGCCCAUCUUCUUCCGCGUGACGACGGCGAGGAAGUCGUUCGUCCCAGGGCCAUUUCACCUCGGGAGAUGCGGCAUCGCUGUCGGCUCGGUGGCCGUGCUAUGGGUGGCCCUCGUCACCGUGCUCUUCUGCCUGCCGGUGGCGUACCCCGUCGCCAAGGACACCUUCAACUACACGCCGGUGGCCGUCGGCGGCGUGCUGGUGCUCAGCCUCGUCGCGUGGGUGCUCCACGCCCGGUUCUGGUUUCGUGGGCCUAUCACAAACGUCUGACGUUGUUUGCAGGCUUCGGUAGUUACUUUCGAUGCAUUUUAUGUAGUGUCAAUCUGUUUUAAUGUCAUUGAACAUAAACAUGAAUAUGAAUAUACUCCUAUACACAGGUAUUGUGGUUGGAACUGGA